UGACUCAUAAUUGCGGUUAUUGAUGCCCCCGGUUCUGUCAUCCUUGAUGGGUUUCCUCUCAUUUUAUUUUUCCCUUCUCUUUCAAACGAAAUUUAUUACUCUUCUUCACACUUCACACCCACCUCUCUUGUCUUGUUGCGGCUCAUCUCUAUCUCUAUCUCUAUCUCUGUGAUUUAAUUACUAUUAAAAGUACUAUCAACCAAUGUAAAGUUCUUUUUCCCUAAUAAGAGGAUUUGUUGAUUGGAUUUGGAAAGCUUUUGGUGCUGUUUGCUUCAUUGUUCAGCUGAUACCCACCUUUGACUGUCCCUGUACGAAUGUCAGCUUAUUGACUUGGUUCUUUUGAAUCUUAUUUUUUCUGUCAAGUUUAUUUUCUUCUUCGUCUGCAUCCUCUUAGAUUGUGAUGAUAUAUGUGAAAGGCCGAAGCUUUGCUUCUGAAAAUGGCGGUCGCCCUUGAUUAAGAUCGAGUGUUUUGAAGGUGUUUGACAAAUUUACUGACAAUUUUCUUAACGUGGAAAGAAUCCGAACAUGCUGGGUGGGAAUUGCCGGUCUUCCUCCGAGUCAUGUCUUUCUCCUUCAAUCCCAUACCUGGGUUCUCCUAGAGCUACAGACAAUGGGAUGCUCCCAAGCACACUAAAUACGUCACCAGCGUUGUCUGUCCAUUCAGAUUCUACUGUGAAAUUUGAGAGGACCACUCCUGACCAAUCUUCUUUAUUUUGCUGGGACUCUGAGAAGACACUGUGUUGUAAUCAUGUCAUAUCCUUCCCUUUUGAAGGCACUCCAACUUCAAAGUCUUCUGGAGAGCUAAGGAAGGAGAUUGCUGCACUUGAGGUUGAAAUUUUGCAUCUGGAGCGUUAUCUUCUUUCGCUUUACCGGACGACUUUUGAGGAGUGUCUUCCAGCUUUAUCAGAUGCACCCGCAGGCCAUAUUGGAUACAAGAAAAGAUCAAUAUUACAAGUUGCCAAAAUACCAUCUCAUUGCACAUUAGAACCUCUUAGGGGAGGGGGUUUUGUUGAUCAAACUUCCCCUGAAAUUAUUUGGGUCAAAUCAAAUAAUCAAAAGUCUGCUGACAUUGUGCAAGAGGAGUGUACAAAGCUGCAGGACCAGAAGAAUGCUGAUUCUGGUCAUCACAGCCUCGCGAAUCUCCUUGGUACCUCUUGCGCAGGUGGCAACAUUUAUUCUCCUGACAGACUUUCUGAAGACAUUGUUAGGUGUAUAUCAUCUAUAUACUGCAAGCUUGCCAACCCCUCCCAGAGCCACGCAGCCAUGUUGGCCUCUCCUACUUCUUCCUUGUCCUCCUCAAGUAUAUUUUCUUCCCAGAAUCCUUCUGUCAAUAGGAGUCCAAAUUACAUUGAAGAUGCCACAGUGCAUCAACUUGAGGGGUUGAAAAGUGGACCUUAUAGUACAAUGAUAGAAAUUCCGAAGAUUUCUUUAGAUGAAGAUAGUUUCAAUUUUGCUGCCACGAUGCUGCAACAUUUCAGGUCAUUGGUUCAUGGACUCGAGAAGGUUGAUCCUAGGAAGAUGAAGCGGGAAGAGAAGCUAACAUUCUGGAUCAACAUUCACAAUGCCUUGGUGAUGCAUGCAUAUUUAGCAUAUGGAACUUGCAGUCGUGUAAAAAGUAGCUCUGUCUUGAAGCUCAUUUUUCAGGCUGCUUACAAUGUGGGUGGGCAUUGCGUAAAUGCCUACUUGAUACAGAGCUCCAUCUUAGGCAUUCGAUCACACUACUCAGCACCGUGGCUGCGCACACUGUUUUCCCCAGCAAGGAAGUUGAAGACUGGUAGCAUAGAACAUGAGUACGCUUUAGAGUACCCAGAGCCACUUGUUCAUUUUGCACUUUGUUCGGGAGCGUACUCUGACCCAGCGGUCCGAGUUUACAGAGCAAAGAACAUCUUUCAUGAUCUCAAGCUUGCCAAGGAAGAGUAUAUUGAAACAAACUUGUACAUCCACAAAGAAAAAAAGAUUCUCCUACCAAGAAUUCUUUACUACUUUGCAAAAGACAUGUCCCUGGACAUGCCUAGACUGUUGGAGAUAAUAACAGGGUGUCUCUCAAACAUCCAGCGAGAAGCUAUCACAAAGCGCAUCAAGGGAAGGCUAGAAAAGCAUGCUAAUUGGUUGCCGCAUGAUUCAUCCUUUCGAUACAUUAUUCAUGGAGAUCUAGCCAAAGGGACACUCUUUAUCUGAUUCAUAUAUAUGGAUAGGUUAUAUAUAUUUACUGUCAUGUCAGUAUGUGUUGGUGUGUCAUCAAAUAAGGAGCAAAUGUAAUCUGUAUAGAACAAUUUGUGAUAAAAAGGUUUGACUUUUGAUUUGUUUAUGCAAUGUCAGCGGUACAAUAAGAUAAGCAUAUAUACUGCAAUGUUUUGAUUUGAAA